AUGCCCCCAGCCCGCCCCCGGCCCCGGGUGCGGCUGCCCGGACCCCGACCCCGGGCGUCCCGCCGCGGUCUCGCCUCCGGCCGGCUCUGGCCCGACGGCACCAGCGCACCCCUGGAGAUCGUGCUGCUGGCCAAGGUGUCCACUGGCUUCCCUGGUGUGGUCCAGCUGCUGGAGUGGCUUGAGCUCCCCAACGACGUCUUGAUGGUGCUGGAGCGCCCGGAGCGGUGUCAGGACCUGCAGCAUUUCAUUCGGGCACGGGGCUUCCUGCCCGAGGAGGUGGCGCGGGAGCUGUUCCGCCAGGUGCUGGAGGCCGUGCGGCACUGCACCAGCUGUGGGGUCCUGCACAGGGACAUCAAACCAGAGAACAUCCUGGUUGACCUGGCCACCGGGCAGGCCAAAUUGAUCGACUUUGGCUAUCUCCAGCAGCGCAGCCAGCCGAGCCCCGACAGUCGAGGCCGUGUCCACCAUGCCCUGCGGAGCUGA